AUGAAAUAUUUGGCAGCCUACCUACUCCUCAACCAAGGCGGGAACGACAAGCCUUCCGCCGAAGAUGUCAAAGCCCUCCUCAGCUCAGUUGGCGUUGAUUCCGAAGAGGAACGACUCCAGAAGCUGAUCUCGGAACUCAAGGACAAGACGAUCGCCGAUCUGAUUGCCGAAGGAUCGACUAAAUUGGCGUCUAUGCAUGUACCUGCUCCAGUGCAAGAAGAUAACCAUAGACUCCCAGUCAAAGAACAAAAGCAUUGUAGCCCUUAUGCCAAGACCCUCAAAGCCCUUACUUCUUGUAAUUCUUUGAUAACUCCAACAAUCACGGCCGCCUCAUCACAGGCGCCCCUCCCUUCAAUCCCCACUUGGUGUUCGCCACCAGCACCUCAGCUAUCAUCAUCCGGACCUUGA